GUUACGCGAAGUUGCGAGUAAAAGCUAGUAUUAUUAGUAGUAUUAUUAUAGUCACAACUUGUUUUAGAUUUACAAAUAAAAUAUAUAUCACAAAGUUUUAUUGUGCAAUAAAAAAUUAAUAAAGAAAAAUCAACAGUUAUGAAAUAUAUAACGUUUUUCAUAUUGAUAUCAAGUAUGCCUCAUGAGUUUGAAACUAACAAAGACGUUUACAGGAAAACAUCUAAUCAAGUGCAUUUGUUGCUUCAGAAAUAUUUGAAUCCUAUACAAUUCUUAACGAAUAAUUUUCCAAACCAUAACAUAGAAAUGCAAGUGGAAUUUCAAGAUCCAGUAGUACCCCAGAUGAUGGUACCGCAAAGGAAAAUGAAUGUAGUACAUGUAAUGAAAAAACCUGCCGUAUUAAGACGCUCUAAUUCUAAUGGAAUGACAGGUCCUACUGAAGUUGCUACUGUCAUUGAAGCGGCACCAACGACAUCUAUAAUAACUAGUACAGCAGCAACGGUUACUUAUAAUACUCCAUCCAGUAUAUCGACAGACAGUGGAAAGAGAAUAGUUUAUAUGGAUGAUUUACAGAAGGCUAUGGAAGAAAUCGAAAAGAAGCUAAAUUUUCACGCCACAAGCAAAGGAUACUUCAAUCCAAACCAAAGACUUGAGACUCAUUUUGAUUCGCCAAUCGAACACAACAUGCAAGAUAUUAUGCAGUUGUUGAAAAGCGGAGUACAAAUACAACGGCACGUGCCACAUCCCACCGACAAAAACUUAGACUGGAUACAAAUUAAAGUACCUAAACAAUAUUGA